AAUUACCCACAGGCCACAGAUUGAGAAAAUCUAACAUAAUCUCCCUGGCCCCUGCUCUUCGCCUCCGACCCCACCUGCUGCCGCCGGCUACCCUCUCCAUCUUCUUCUGCCUCACCUCCGUCGUUUUUCCUUUGACCUAGCUAGUGGGCUUUUCCGAUCACUGGGCUCGCCCGCUUACCGGCCGAUGCCGGCUGCAGCAGACUCCCAGACGCCUCUCUGUUUAAUGGAGACGGAAGAAUCCUGAAACUAGAGCUAUCCUAGGAGGCAUCAGAUGAAGUACAUGGAUCCUGCGAUAUUGGGUCGCUUCCUCAGGACAGUACAGAAUGGUAGUAGGUUGCUUGGAUUGGAUGUUGGAGAGAAAUACGUGGGGCUAGCCAUCAGUGAUCCCCUCAACAAAGUUGCAUCACCUCUAAGUGUUCUGGUGAGGAAGAAAUCCAAUCUUGAUUUGGUGGCUAUGGAUUUCCAGAAGCUGGUCUCUGAACUGUCCGUGGCUGGAUUUGUCGUAGGACUCCCAUUGGACAGAUAUCAGAAGUCGCGAGAUGGUAAUGAAAUGCAUCUUUUUGUGGAUGACUUAUCUAGAACAGGAAAGCUUAACAACAGUUUACCCUAUACUUAUUGGAACGAGUGUUUUUCAUCAAAGGUCAUCGAUCUUCUUAUAGAACCAUUAAAAUUGCAUCCUGUUGAAGCGAAAACCAUGCAUGACAAGUUUGCUGCAGUUACAAUCCUUCAGGGAUACCUAGAUUAUAUGAACAAAAGGCUGAAGUCCGAGGCAGCGGAAGCAAACCCUUCAGACAAUGGAAGCCUUUUCAUUUUCGUUUGGGCCAUGGGUUUCCAGUACUCCUGAGACCAUAGACUGCAUUGCAAAACAAGAAAAUUCACCACCACCUCUAUUUGUACCCUGUAGAACUAGCGUUUUAACAUUGUUAUCAAUAGAUGGACUAGAGCUCAGUACCAUGCUGAUAGGUAUUGAAUAAAUUAAUUGGGGUUUGUUUCUCUGUUUGGUUAAUGGCCCUAAUGUAGAAAUCUGGUGCCAUCUCUUAGCCGAGCUUUCUGCCUUUUGGAAGGUGACUUAAGUGUGUUGCUCGUCGUUUGUCCCAAUUUGCAGGUAGUACAUGUCGGAGGGAAUGCAGGGGAUAGCAAAAAGGAGAAAGAAGGCUUAAGCUGUCUCUUUCGAAGUUUGUCAUGCUAAUCCAUGCAUGGAAUUCUCUGGCUGGAUUCAAAUUCACUGAUUGGCAAUCCUUGUAAGGUAGUACAGAAAUUAGAAAGCUCUUCUGCAACCUUAUCUUCUGGACAUAAACGCCUUUUUUAACUCACAAAGCCAAAAGCUCCCUCAAAGUGGUGGCUUUUUUCAUGUGCACUUGAACUCAUGCACGAACCAUUACGGCUCAAUAUGGGAAUAACUCUCCUUUUCAAUAACACAAGCCAUGGACUUAUUCCGGAAAGGGGAAGCCAGCCUUACAGUUGCCCUCCUAUGGAAUAACUGAAAGUUCAUCCAACUAUGGCAUCUAUCAAGAAUUCAAGUAUUAGAUUGGACUGUCAAAAUCUAGCGAUGUUAGCUUCUUCGUUUCCGUGUGUUUUGAGGUCUCGGAAUCGAACCCAUGGAAUAACUGAAAGUUUAUCAAACCAUGCUCAUCCCUUCUAGUUCUAGUCACUAAAUAAGGUUACUUUGAGGUCUUGUUGGAUCGAGAGAAGAAAAGAGAGGUUCUCAGAGUUGAUUUUAUACCGGC